GUGUUUUCAACGAAUUUCACUAGUCCAGAGUUACAGGGCAAAACAAACUACAGUGUAAGGGUGGCCGCGAUAACAAUGUAUGGGACACAAGGAUUUUCAAAAUUCAGUCCUUCCUACCAAACGAACAAGACUUGCAGAGUUCAUCUGCAGAGUGACAACACUCCGUUUCCUUGUCCUGUGACGAACCUAAGACUUCAUGUUACAGCAAAACUCACGAGGAACAAAUUAGAUCAGAAUAUCACAGCAACUCUGUACUGGGACCCACCAAAAGACAUCGAGAAACUGAAUUGGGAUACCCUCCUUGUUCGAGUGGCACCGCAUGAAUCCAACCCACUUAAAUGUGGACAAUAUGGUAGAAUGUUUUCUUACGCGGAGCAUGCCAAUAAGUCUUCCAAUAACAUCGUGUUAGAGAAGCAAAAGUUUUUUGUAGGAAACAGUGAUAAUAGUCCAGGGAUAUCAUUAUACUUGGGAUGUCGAUACACAUUAACGGUUACUGAGAUAAGUGUAAAUAGAGUGGUCUGUUACUUUAAAAGCAGUGCUGUGUUUAGAAUCCCAGAUUGCAUCCAAGAAAUAUGUGGGUGCCAAGCAAUCAGGUUCUUUCACCCUCUACAUGAAAACUUCCCAAUGGUACCGAUAGUCAAAUUAUCCAUAUUCAACUCUACUGUUAUUGCAACGGCAGCUACAAUAGCUUUUAACAGGUCUUUCUGGGACAAGACUGCAAAGAUAUCACAUUUUAUAUUAUCUUUCAGAGUGAGCUUCAGAUCAAUGUUCAAAACAUGCCCAAGCCCAAACACAGCAGUUAUCUCUAAUAAUGUUUCUGCUUUGACAUCACAACGCCUUGCAACGUUUAACAAUGUGUACAUGGAUUGCUAUUUCAUCCUGAUGAUAUCAGCUUUUGAUCACCACUCGUGUCGGCUGCGUGGAAAGCAAAACUUGUUGUUUAUAGUGACGUUAUCUACCAGCCCUCCAACAAAAUUAACAACCAUCUCUCCAGCCACAACUUCACCAUUCAAUGAAACAGUAGUACUACAAGGAAAAGAGAGGACGACACAAUUCACAGAUCCUGUACUCGAGAAGCAAACUCAGAAGCAAAGUAACGGGGCACUAAUCGCCGUUGCCAUCGUGGUACCAUUGAUUCUUGUUCUGCUAGUGAUCUUCAUUAUCCUCCUCUUUGUUUACAAGAAGCGUCUCGGCAAACCGUUCAACCAAACACCAACAGGCUUACAAAGAACUGCUAUUGAUAAUCCAAAUUUGGAGUCACAUAUUUACCACAGAAACCUUGAUCAGAACAGCGCUCUUUUUGGGACGAAUGAAAGUUCCAGGCUUAUGGUAAACCUACCGCCGAAGUGUGCCGAAGGAGGCUUGGAGCUGAAUCCUGCGUACGUAGAACAGCGAAUCCACGAGGCAAUCAAGUCUGGGGAAACAGAUGAAUACGAGUUUGGAUUCCAUAGGCUCGAGAUUGGAAGAAAACUUGGAAAAGGAGCCUUUGGGCACGUUUUUAUUGCAGAUGCUUAUGGUAUGAAUGGGAAUCCAGAUAAAACUGUGGUUGCUGUAAAGAUACUAAAAGAAAAUGCUUCUGAGGACGAGAAAGAGGAUUUUAAAGCAGAAAUAAACUUCAUGAAGGUGAUUGGAAGACACGAGAAUAUAGUGACUAUUCUUGGAUGUUGUACACUUUACGAUCCCCUGUGUUUAUUAGUGGAAUAUGCACCGCAUGGAGAUUUAUUGCAUUACCUCAGGGAUCUACGAAAGAAGUUUGAGCAAGAGCAUCGUAAGUGUUUUGAUGACGCCGUCAGUCUGGAAUCUCCAAUAGAUUCAAAGGAAAGUCGAUACAGUAAUCGACCACUUGUGCUUCCUUUGGAUGAUCCGGAGAGAGAACGACGUGGUUCACUAAAUGAUGAAGAUGGCAUAAUGUUCAAUGAAAGAGGAAACUUGUCAGUCAUGAGUCUAAGUGACGGUAGCAAGGCUAAUUUUACCAAUGGGCGCAAUGGGUCUGGGUCUGAUUCGGUCAAGGAUUCUGGUUUACUGUAUGUUGGUCGCGAUGAAGGACAAGAAGCAUGUAGUGCUAGCACUAUUAUUACAACAGCAUCUUUCAGUGGAUCAGGAUCUUUUCGAAGAAAAUCUGGCGAGUCUUCAGGAUCAGCUAUGGUUCCUUUGGAUGGAGCGUUGGAUUCAAGUGAACUGCAGUCAUUUGCGUAUCAGAUCGCAUGUGGAAUGGAAUACCUGUCUAAAAAAGGAGUCAUCCACAGAGAUCUAGCUGCCCGAAAUAUUUUAGUAGGCGAAAAUAAAGUCCUUAAAAUCUCAGACUUUGGACUUUCAAGGGAAGGUAUAUAUGUAAAGCGAAGCACAGGAAAAAUCCCUCUGCGCUGGCUGUCAAUCGAGGCCAUGCGAGACAGGAUCUAUUCCACUUCUAGUGAUGUGUGGGCUUUCGGCAUUGUACUCUGGGAAAUAUGUACUCUUGGAGGAUUCCCUUACCCUACAUUCAACGACAGAGAUCUGUUGAAGCUCCUUCUGGAUGGGAAGAGAAUGGAAAAGCCCAGCAACUGCACUGAAGAAAUAUACGAACUAAUGAAGGCAUGUUGGGCAUGUAAUAUUGAAGAUAGACCGUCAUUUGUUUUGGUUCGGGAGAUACUAGGAGAUAUGCAGAGAAGUGAGCAUCCAUAUGUUAAUGUGGAUCCAAGUCUGGGGACCAUCUUGCCUCCAGUCGAUCAAGGUCACUCGGAAAACCUAAUGUGUUUCAGUGAUACGUCAUCAGGCAUUUUUCCUCAAGAGCAAUUACAAGAAGGAGAUGAUAACGAUGAUGACGUGCAAGAGCGCUCAUCAUUACUCCAGGAAAGCAAGGAAAGAGGGUUGAGAAAACAGACUGGGCAGAAAUUAAAGGAAAAACCACCCAGCAAUAACCAAUGUAAUAAGAACAAUUCACCCGGGAAUCAGCAAUUCCUUUUGCAAAACAUAUCUGAUGAUGUUUUAAGAAGAAAAAGGUUACUGAAAAGAUUGGCUUCCGAAGAUGAACUUGCUGAAUCAAGUGUAUAGAAAUUUAUUUAAUAAAUUAUUAAUCUAUUAUUCUUCAUAAAUUAUUAAAUCUAUUAUUGGUCAUAAAUUAUUUAUAUAUUAUAAUGAAAGACUGCUAUCAGCCAUUCCCAUCAUGAUCUAUGCGCGUUUUACUUACUGGCCGGAAUGGCAAGCCGCAAAAGAAAAUUACAUGAAAGAUUAAGCAAGAGGGGAUGUUUGCCUCUCAUUGUAGGCUGGUAAUAAGAUUCAUUAGAUUCAUUCAGCCGAUUGAUACCAAGCAAAAGAAUACAUUCUGGUUAAUAGCACACGCGGGCAGUGUUUGUCUGUCAUGAUGAGCUGGUGAUGAGAUUCAUAAGAUUUAUUCAAAUGAUUGAUACAAAGCAAUAGAAUACCCUCUCUUGAUAGAACAUAAAAGGUAGUUUUUGCAGAUUCAAGAGCGUAAUGUUAACCAAUUUCAGACCAUAUAUUAUUAUUAUUAUAUAUAUUAUAUUGCAUAUGAUGUAAUUGUUUUGCCUUUAAUGGUUGUGCAUGAAAAGAAAACUGGAUAUGGAUGCUGGAUAUUGAUAAACUAUAGACAAAGGAUCUAAAUAUUAAGGAAAUUACUGAAUACGUGGUCUGAAUUGGCAUGACAAUAUGUCAACGACGCAGUUUGUCAACCCCAAAGUGGAACUUAUUAUACCAGAAAACAUCAUAGACCUAUUUAGCUUCGUUGCUACUCUUGGGAGUUGAUUCUUUCGUGUGUAAAUAUUUCAACAUGUUUGUCAUAAGGUGGUGUUACACGGACCAACUUGCGCAACACCGUUGCAAGAAAAAUCGUUGUCGUGUAACAUAGCGCAGAGGACGAUUUUUCGCGCAAUUUUUCCCUCUGCAACACAUUGUAAGUUUUUGAUCUGGCUUCAAAAACUUGCAACACAAGAUGACGAUUCAGCAAAUCGAUGUGCGUAACAUGUCCAUCGCCGAUUUGACGCGCAACAAAAUGGCGCCGACUGUAGGAGAAGUUAGUUUAAAGAGUACAGCAAUAGUGCAACAAUUGACUAAACCUACUGAAACAAACAAGAUAAAACUUUUGUAGUUGAUAAAAAAUGAUAAAAGCAAGAAAAGAAGAAAAAAGAUAGCCGUGAGUGAGUUGGCAGCGCGUGGACUGAAUACUAAAGUAAAUGUUGCGCGAAAAGUUGUUCCCGUGUAACAUGUCGAAAAAAAUCGACACAAAAAUGGCGCAAUAGCGUUGCACGAAAAAUCUGUGUUGCAAGUUGCUCCGUGUAACACCACCUUAAAAUAACAAAUUCUCAAGUGAAUGUCAUGUGACAAGAAAUGGGUGAAUUGAAAACAAAGCUGAAAAGGUCUAUUCAUUGUCGUACAUAUAUUUAUUACUAAUAAUCUAUAAAAGACAUGGUUGAUUUGAAUAAAGAUUGAUUUUUUU